UCGUGUUCCGCGCUGUACGUAGUUACGUCACGAGAGGGAAUAGCUAUAAAAUCCCGGCCACGAAACGAGGUCUGCCUUUUCGAAGGCCUGGCUAGAAUGGCGCCGCAAAAAGACAAGAAACUGAAAAAAUCAACUUUCAAGUAUAACCUUGAUCUCACCCAUCCUGUAGAAGAUGGAAUAUUUGAUUCAGGAAACUUUGAACAGUUCCUGAAGGAAAAAGUUAAGGUCAGUGGAAAAACAGGAAAUCUGGGAAAUGUAGUUCACAUUGAACGCUUUAAGAACAAAAUCACUGUGGCAUCUGAAAGGCAGUUCUCAAAAAGGUACCUUAAAUAUCUCACAAAGAAGUAUCUCAAGAAGAAUAAUCUUCGUGACUGGCUGCGCGUGGUUGCAUCUGACAAGGAGACCUAUGAAUUGCGUUAUUUCCAGAUCAGCCAUGAUGAUGAAGGGUCUGAAGCUGAGGAGUAAGAAGAGCUUUUAUGUGGAGUGUUGUGUUCCCUGAUAAGCAGAGUGUACACAUGAACCAUCUAUUUAUGAGAAUGAAUUAAUGUAUUACCAAAGAACGAACCUGUACACUGACUUUACUUAUAGAUCUUUAUGGGCUCCUGGCUUUUGUUGCAUUUCAAAAGCUGCAUUAAAAGGCCUUCCUGAUGAACCAUAAA